UACAUGGUUCUCGGAGUGCAAGAGCUCAGCCCUCCGCCCAAAAUAGCCCCCGCCGCCUGCUGGCCUCGCUCGGGCCAGGGCGAUGGCUGCUGCCUCCCAUUCCGUGGAGUUGGGUGCUUCCUGGAGACCCACGUCCCAGGAGCCCCCUCCCACCCGCUUCCACCGUGUGCACGGAGCCAACAUUCGCGUGGACCCCUCGGGGACUCAGGCCACGCGCGUGGAGAGCUUUGCCCACGGUGUGUGCUUCAGUCGCGACCCGCUGGCCCCGGGUCAGGUAUUCCUGGUCGAGAUCGAGGAAAAAGAGCUGGGUUGGUGCGGGCAUCUGCGUCUCGGCCUGACUGCGCUGGACCCCGCCAGUCUCACUUUUGUGCCCGAGUUUUCGCUACCCGACCUGGUUAACCUGGGCCACACCUGGGUCUUCGCCAUCACACGCCACCACAACCGCGUGCCCCGGGAGGGCCAGUCAGAGGCAGAGGCAGCAGCCCCCAGCCGAUCCCCGGCCCUCCUGGUGGAACCUUAUCUGUGCAUUGAGCAGUUCCGAAUUCCCCGGGACCGCCUGGUGGGCCGCAGCCGGCCAGGGCUCUACAGCCACCUUUUGGACCAGCUCUAUGAGCUGAAUGUGCUGCCUCCGACCGCGCGCCGCAGUCGCCUGGGCGUUCUCUUCUGCCCGCACCCAGAUGGCACCGCAGACAUGCACAUCAUCAUCAAUGGCGAGGACAUGGGCCCCAGCGCCAGGGGGCUGCCAGCCGCCCAGCCUCUCUACGCAGUGGUGGACGUGUUCGCCUCCACCAAAAGCGUGCGCCUGGUCCAGCUGGAGUAUGGCUGUAGGUAUCCCUCCCCGGGGCAGCGACCUUCCUGGCAGAUGCCUUCCCUGCAGACGCUGUGCCGCCUAGCGAUCCAGAGGAGUGUGGUGCACCGGCUGGCUAUUGAUGGGCUCCACCUGCCCAGAGGACUGAAGGAUUUCUGCAAGUAUGAAUGAAGGCCUGCAGCUACUCAGAGUAGAGAGAGUGCAUUCUGGUCCCAGAGCUGUGUUUAGUCAGAAACUGGCGCCAUUGCUGCCAACACGGACCAGAAAUAAACAGCUGACAUGACA